UCUUCUGGCCGUAUAUAAGGAGGGAAGCUCGUUCUAAACCUCGUACUGGUACUUCGCUCUCAAAGAAGUCAACAACAACACAAUAUGAAAUUCUUCGCGGGCAUCGUGGCUGUGCUGGCACUGGUGAGCGCGGCAGCGGCGGGCUUCAUCCGCUCCGGCUGGUCCUCGCCAGUAGUCUACUCGCGUCCGGCGGUGGUCUACUCGCGUCCGGCGGUGGUCUACUCGCGCCCGGCGGUGGUCUAUUCGCCCUCUUACUACGGCGGCCUCGGCUACGGCAGCCACGGCUAUGGCGGCUGGUCCUCCGGCUUGAGGAGCGGCUGGUGGUAACCGCCGUGUGCCUAUUGUCAUACCGAUACUCGACAACUCCCUUGCAGGCAAUAAGUUUACCAGUCAGCUGUCACUACUCUUGCAAUAAGUUUUCGUGAUAACUAUACUCGUAUAAUUACACAACUUGCCUCGAGUACCUUCCUUAUAUGUUUCUGUGAUAUCAAUUUUUU